AUGGGGUCCAAACCUUACGAACCGACCCCUCCCUACGAGGAGGCUACCAGCCAGCCCGCGACCCACACGCAUAUUUACGAUUCAAUCCCACAAACCGAGCUCGACGACAUCGAAAGACAAGCCCCUCAUGAACAUGGCAGUGACAACGGGGCGACUAGCUCCAUCGUCAUGAAGCCGCACGAGCACUGCGAGACCUGUGAGCGGGCCAUCAUCCGGAGGGAGAGGCAUUCCAGCCACAGGCAGUGCUGCAAGAUGGUCGCGAUUGUGUUAAUUGUUCUCUUUAUAUGUCUGAUGAUUUUGGGUAUCGUGUUGGCUUGUGUGAGAUAG